GUCACCUGUCUUGUAAUCACGGGCUGUGAGCUUCUACCACGCAACUGGUAGUGUCAUCUUACCACCCCCGUCCAAGUUUAGACAAACACGUACACGCACGUGUACGGUAUUUUGCGUGCACCGAAUUCGUAAUCAUAGCAACAGAUCAGCCUACGAAUAGUCGGUUGAAGUAUCCCAAAGCCAGCCCAGCAGCAGCAACGGACCGGACAUCGCGAUGCCGCUCGGGCAACUCGGGUCGUUUGAAAAUUUAAGCAAUUAAUUUAUCGCGAUUCGCUAGUAAGAGUGUAAUUGAUUCUAGAGCAGUAUUAUCGGGCACCGGAGGGCUAGCAAAAUAAAUUAAAGUGUGGUUAGUUUCCGCGGGGGAUCGUAUUGUUGGGGGAGUUCAUUUCCCGUUUGGGGCUGCUGGUGAUUAAAUACAACCGAAGUUUAUGAGCGCGAUAGCGGCUAACGGAACAGGUUUCGCACUACCACCGUUGUCUUCGGCGCCGCCACCAACAUUUCAACGACCGCCGAGGGCAGCUGCAGUAAAGUGACCAGUUAAUAUGGUCGCUAGUGAAUCCGCUUCCGAGCAGCCAGCGGAAGUUCAGCGACAAAAGCAACAGUGUCGAAGCCGAUGCCACACGCAGUAUCCCGCCCCGGUGGCCCGGGACCACCUUCGGGGGCUUCGAGGUCCCGUGAUCUCAAGUCAGUACACCAACAGUGCUACGAAAAGCCAGCGGCGACACGGUUGGUGUGGCUACUACCGUAGCGCAUCCGGGAUGACUCUGCUACCGCUUCUAGUGCUGCUCUGUGCGAUCCUGCCACCGAUUCCUAGCUACGGUGCACUCACCGAGCCUGCCAGCCAAAACGGAACCACCGCCCCGCUCGCGUUGAUAUCAUUAGCAAAUUUAAUUUCGACCAAUGAUGUUGAUUAUGUUAAUGCAAAUAAUGAUGAUAAUGUGUCCAAUAAUUAUAAUGUUAGCACCGACGCCAUAAUUAAUAGUGCAAGUAGUCAAAACAGCGGCGGUGCUGGAAGGCGACCCAACAGCGGCGGCAGCCGGAAUCAGCGGGUUCCGAUCUAUCUGAACGAGUUCGCUGUCUACAUCCCCGGCGGAUCGGGCAUCGCUGCUGUUAUCGCUGAUAAAUAUGGCUUCACCAAUUUCGGACAGAUCGGUCCACUGAAAGGAUAUUAUUUAUUUCACCAUAGUCACGUUAGAAAGCGGUCCCUAGAUAGGAGCGAAGCUCACCACAACGCACUCAACACCGAACCGGAGGUUCGAUGGUUGCAGCAGCAGCACGAGAAGAUCCGCCGGAAGCGCGACUAUUCGACCUUCGAUGCGGAGUACGUGCGCUUUCCGGAUCCGCGCUCGAUUGCACCCGCCAGCCGGGUGAACUAUCGGGACACCGGUUCGCACAACAUCUUCCCGGAUCCGCUCUUUAAGGAGCAGUGGUACCUGGUGAGUAGAAACGGUGGCGCCAAGGAUGGUCUCGACAUGAACGUUGGUCCGGCCUGGCAGAAGGGAUACACGGGGAAAGGCGUCGUGGUGUCGAUCCUCGACGAUGGCAUCCAGCGGAAUCAUCCGGAUCUGCAGCAGAACUAUGACCCGGACGCGUCGUACGACAUCAACGGGAACGAUUCGGACCCGAUGCCACGGGACAAUGGCGACAAUAAGCAUGGCACCCGAUGCGCGGGAGAGGUCGCAGCUGUGGCAUUCAAUAAUUACUGCGGCGUGGGCGUUGCGUACAAUGCCAGCAUCGGAGGAGUCCGCAUGCUGGAUGGAACCGUAAACGAUGCGGUUGAGGCAAAAGCACUGGGAUUAAAUCCAGAUCACAUUCACAUUUAUAGUGCAUCAUGGGGUCCGGAGGAUGACGGUUCCACGGUUGAUGGACCGGGACCGUUGGCCCGCAGGGCGUUCAUCUUCGGCGUCACCAGCGGUCGUCAGGGCAAGGGAUCAAUUUUCAUAUGGGCCUCUGGCAAUGGUGGCCGAUAUACCGACAGCUGCAACUGUGAUGGUUAUACAAACUCCAUUUUUACCCUGUCAAUCUCCAGUGCGACCCAGGGAGGUUACAAACCUUGGUACCUGGAGGAAUGCUCAUCGACUUUGGCCACGACUUACAGCUCCGGCACUCCAGGACACGAUAAAAGUGUUGCCACUGUCGACAUGGACGGCUCACUCCGGCCGGAUCGAAUCUGUACGGUGGAGCAUACGGGAACAUCGGCGUCGGCUCCAUUGGCAGCUGGCAUCACUGCUCUUGCUUUGGAAGCGAAUCCUUCUCUAACGUGGCGUGAUAUGCAAUACCUGGUCGUUCUCACAUCCCGACCGGAACCGCUGGAGAAGGAAUCAGGAUGGAUUCUGAACGGUGUUAAGAGGAAAGUCAGCCAUAAAUUUGGCUACGGACUGAUGGAUGCUGGCGCGAUGGUUAGUCUCGCCGAACAAUGGACUAGCGUUCCUCCGCAGCACAUAUGCAAAUCCCGCGAAAUCAACGAAGAUCGACCAAUUGAAGGGUCAGUUGGUUACACACUUCAAACGCACAUGGACGUGAAUGGCUGUGCGGGAACAGUGAAUGAAGUUCGUUUUCUUGAACACGUACAGUGCAAAAUCACUCUUAGGUUCUUCCCUCGGGGAAACCUUCGCAUUCUACUAACCUCACCAAUGGGAACAACGAGUACUCUGCUCUUUGAACGACCUCGAGACGUAACCAAAUCAAACUUUGACGACUGGCCGUUCCUCAGUGUGCAUUUCUGGGGCGAAAAAGCCGAAGGUCGUUGGACAUUACAGAUCUUAAACGGGGGACAUCGGCGUGUCAGCCAACCUGGAAUUCUUUCCAAAUGGCAGCUCAUAUUCUACGGAACCGAUCAGAACCCGAUCCGGUUGAAGAAUGAUGGCCAACGAGGUUCCGGUGCGUACGCCAACGUGAAUCCUUUCGUCUUUCCCACCGAAACGGACAUCAAUCAACCGGCACUGACCGGCGGAAACUACUACCAAUCGGAUCUGUUUUCCAACUCGAUGAACUACCCGUAUCUGUUCAGUGGAGCCGGUAGCGGGAUCGACAAAACGGUUACGACUAUCAACGGGCACAACAUUCCUACGGCCCAGCGGGAGAACGUGAUGGCCGAUUCCAACAACAAGCUGGUAGUACUGCACGAUUGCGAUCCGGAGUGCGACCAGCAGGGAUGCUACGGUAAAGGGCCGACGCAGUGCGUGGCCUGUAAGCACUAUCGAUUGGACAACACCUGUGUCAGCCGGUGUCCACCACGGAGCUUCCCGAACCAGGGCGGUGUGUGUUGGCCAUGUCACGAGUCCUGUGAAACGUGUGCCGGUGCCGGGCAGGAUAGCUGCCUGACCUGUGCCCCUGCCCACCUGUACGUUACCGAUCUGGCCGUGUGCCUGCAAAUUUGCCCCGAUGGAUACUUUGAAAACUACGACAACCGAACGUGUGUUCCGUGUGAGGCCAAUUGUGCAUCCUGCCAGGACCGGCCCGACUACUGUACCAGCUGUGAUCAUCAUUUAGUUAUGCAUGAACACAAGUGCUACUCGGCUUGCCCCAAGAAUACUUACGAGACGGAGGAUUACAACUGCGCCGAUUGCCAUUCGUCCUGCAUGACCUGCAACGGAUCGUCCGAAUCGCAGUGCAUCCUGUGCCGUGCCGGCCGAUUUGCCCACGAGGGACGCUGUCUGAACGCCUGCACCGAUGGCUACUACGGGGACAAGAAGCGCCACGAGUGCAUGGCCUGCCCGAUCGGGUGUGCGACCUGCAGCAGCGGCCAGAUCUGUACCGGCUGCCGCGAAAACUGGACCAUGGACAAAAAGGGCAAAUGCAUUGCCAACGGGAGCAACAACUGCGAUGAGUCGGAAUACUACGAGAACAGCCACUGCCAUCCGUGCCACUCGACCUGCGAAACCUGCACCGGCCCGACGGAACACGAAUGUCUAAAGUGCACCUCUCCGUUGCUGUUGCAACAUCAACGAUGCGUCAACGAAUGCGACGACGGCUACUACAUGGAGGUGGGCAUCUGCGCCAAGUGUUUGCACACUUGCACUCAAUGUGUUUCAAGAAUGAACUGUACCUCGUGCCAGAAGGGGCUUCAACUGCAGAGUGGCGAAUGUCGAACAACUUGUGCCGAUGGAUACUACAGCGAUCGAGGAACCUGCGCCAAGUGUUAUCUGAGUUGCAACACGUGCAGUGGACCGCGGCGAGAUCAGUGCGUCAAGUGUCCUGAAGGUUGGCAGUUGGCUGGCGGCGAAUGUCACCCAGAAUGUCCAGAAGGUUUCUUCAAAACAAAAUUCGGUUGCCAGAAGUGCCAUCACUACUGCAAAACUUGCAACGCUGCCGGUCCGUUGGCCUGUACUUCUUGUCCAUCCCACUUCAUGCUCGACGGAGGACUUUGCAUGGAAUGUCUCGGUUCACAGUUCUAUGACCCACCGACGCAGACCUGCAAAACGUGCCACGAGAGCUGCCGAACGUGCAGCGGCCCCGGUCAGUACUCGUGCGUAACGUGCGCUUUUCCACUGCAUCUCGAUCGGCUCAACAACCAGUGUGUGCCUUGUUGUGCUAGCGACGCGUCACCCGAUGAUCAGAGCUGUUGCCAUUGCGACAAAGGAACCGGUGGUUGUAUCAACUCGUCGCCGGCCGGGAAACGACGCAUCGGAGCCGAGCAACAGUUGCUCCAGUUUGGCGAUGAGGCAAACGCUAACGUUGCCGGUAGCAACGCGGCGGAAACCGGUGGAUAUCCUUCGACGGCACUGGGACAGUUCCUGCAGAGUGCCUCACCAUCAACCAUGACGGUUAUAGCCGUGUCGGGCUGUCUGCUGAUAGUGACUCUGUUUGUGGUGAUCUUCAGCGUGCUGCAGAAGCGUAGCCACAGCUUGUACACCAGCGUGAAAUACAAUAAACUAGGCACCGGCCGGAAGCCAUCAUCGUGCGGCGGAGCUGGAGGUUCCCGAACCACAAAGAUAGCGAUUCCGGCCGAUGGCGAUGCUCUACUGGAACCAAUUGUAAAUAAUUCCGACGACGACGACGAUGAUGAUGAUGAUGACGACGACGACGGCGAGGACAACGACGAUGGUGAUGACACUCGGAACAACGGCACGGAUGAUGACCACGAGAUCCUUCAGGAAGCUGCCAGCAGCAGCACUGACCGUGACAGCCGAUUUGUGGCCACAAGCGGAAAACCGCGGGGACGAGGGAAAAAGGAAUGGUCCAAGCGGUUUGAAAGGACUUGAAAAACGAGUUCCUUUCUAGGUCAAGUAUGAGGGGGUACGGGCGGAAGCGGGAAUUGGUAAAUGUGUGCUAUAAUAGGCGAUAACAAAUUAUUAUAAAUAUUUACUUAAGCGGGAGACUGGGUGCGAGAACGCGAGAGAAAGAGACAGUGAGUGGGGGAGAAGCGAAAAAUCAAACGGCGAUUUUGUAUCUACGGGAUAGCGAGGGUGGGGAGAAUUUUCCACUUGUAGGUGGAAUGUUUUUCCUGUCUGAUAUUGUGUAUGCAGCAGGAGCCUAAAAUGGAACAAGACGCGUUUUUUAUGGACGAGGGAAGACAGAAAGAGAGCACACACUCACUCACACUGUUGGCCGGAAAGUGCGCUCGCAUGCGUGGGUGAAUGUUGUGUGAUAAACAAUCUUUCUUUCAAAAAUUCUGUUAUUUUUAUACACUAUUAUCAUUAUACAUAAUAAAACGGGCAAGAUAAGAAAAAUGGGCGAUGACGUGAGGGAAAAUGAUUUAUACACUGUUAAGGCACUUUUCAAAUUCAGAUUAUUAGCGAGGUGAUGGAGAGUCCUUGUGGUUCUGCACAGUCCCCUUCCGAAGAAAAUAAGAAAAAUGAUAGUAGUCCUUCUGGUGGAAUGGUGCACACAAAUGAAAGUGGAUGAUGCUUGGGUUUCGAAACUGUAGAGUAAACUCGGCUCAUGCCAGAGUGGCUUUCGAAAGUCACUGCUUUUAACUGGAAUGGGAAAUUAUUGGGCGAUUUACACCGUGAAACUAUGCGCUAAAUUAAUAAAAUUUUAGAAAAUCAAACAAUUCCCUUAUUUAGUUGACGACUUCCAUGUAAAUUCCAACAGUUACAAAAUAUCACUAUUCCCAUAUUUUUGUGAAAAAAAUACUGGCAAUAGUUGAUUUAGUCAAAAUUUUGUCAAAUUUACAACCAUACAAUUAAAAUGAACAGAAUAUGAACACAAAAUGUAAACAAGUUUGAGAGCCACCACGAGAAUGACGACUAUCAAAAGAACGAAUGUUAAUAUGUAAAAAAUGUAUAUAAAACUUAGAAGAUUUAAUCGCGAUCGAACAC